CCUCGUCUGAGUCCUCAUUGAGCUCAUCGUCGACAACGCGAAAUCCUUGUUCAAACCCUCAAAUCGACCUCAUAGCCUUGCCCACGCCAUCCCAUGAUCUCUUUCAACAACUAAACUUUUCAGCAACCGCUCUCUCGGCCGUUGGCCAUCACCGCCGCCCGCCCGGGUACGAAACCGCGCCGCGUCCAUCUUUAACCACGAACUCUAACCCGAAGCACCUUGAACUUCCACCUCGCUCGGCUCCCGUCACCAUGGCAGCAGCCUCCAUCCCAACCCCACCACCCUUCCAGACCGCCCUUCUCGCCGGCGGCCUCGCGGGGACAACAGUCGACCUCUCCCUCUUCCCUCUCGACACUCUCAAAACCCGACUACAGUCCUCCCAAGGCUUCUUCGCGUCGGGCGGGUUCCGAGGGAUCUACCGCGGGGUGGGCUCAGCACUAGUCGGGAGCGCUCCGGGCGCCGCCUUCUUCUUUUGCACCUACGAAGCAACCAAAUCCGCCCUUUCCUCCUCCUCCUCCUCCACCAGCACCAGCAGCAUAUCUACAACCACCAAAACCCGCCAAGCGCUUGAACACAUGGCUGCCGCGUCAGCGGGGGAAAUCGCCGCGUGCGCGGUCCGCGUGCCGACAGAAGUAGUCAAGCAGCGGGCGCAGGCGGGUCAGCACGGCGGGUCGUCGUGGGCGUCGCUGCGGCACAUUCUGGCGCAGAGACGGGCGGUGGGUGUUGCGGGCGUCUGGAUGGAGCUGUACCGGGGCUGGGCGGCGACGGUGCUGCGCGAGGUGCCGUUUACGGUGCUCCAGUUCCCGCUGUGGGAGGCGCUCAAGGCGUGGGGACGGGAUCGGCGCGCGCGCACGGGAAAGGGGUUGUUUGGAGAUUCUGAGCAUCCUGUCGGUGGUGGAGGGGGGAUAAGCGAGGUCGGCGCGGCCGAGUCGGGGCUGUACGGGAGCAUCGCGGGCGGGAUAGCGGCCGGCGUGACGACGCCGCUGGAUGUGCUCAAGACCAGAAUCAUGCUCAGUGCUCAGCGUGAGAGCAUGGUGCGCGUUGCGAGGACGAUACUCAAAGAGCAUGGGAUUAGGCCCUUCUUCGCUGGUAUCGGGCCGAGGGUGAUGUGGAUCAGUAUUGGAGGAGCAAUAUUCUUGGGGAGCUACCAGUGGACCGUGAAUGCACUGGAGGAGAGGCGGCUGAAGAGGCGGCUGGCCGUAUAAGGGCCUUGGGCUCCUCAUCAUGCAUCAACGGCGCGAUGUGGUUUUAUGUGCAACGAUACCCAGUCAACCAAGGAGAACGGGCGGGGUUGGAUAUCCCGAGAUCAAACCCAGCCCGGAAGCCAUGUAAGCUAACAGUGUGUACAGUAGCAAGAUUCCGAUAAUACCCCUAUAGACACAGGCGUCGCUGGAAACGUUGAAUGGUAUACGGAUACAAAUACAGCAGCACGGCUUCCGUUGCCGGCCGAGAAGGCAUCCUCAAGGCAUCAUCGCUUUGCAGUUCUCUCCAACUGCCUCACCUUUGCCCGUGUCCUCUGUCUCUUCCGCCGGAGGCGGCAUGGGAAUCUCCUUCCUGCCAUUGGCCUUGUAAUGGAGGAUGAUGUCGUUU